GCUGACUCGCGCGCCUCCGAGCCUCCGGGUCUCUCGCAACCAGUGGUUGUAUAUCGUCGUUCCUACGCUCGUGUUGUUGCGCUGCCGCCUUCGCAGUUACGUCGUAGUUGUUCGGUGACAACUCGCCAUAGCGCAUCGCAACACGUCCCGUUGUCAAUGGUCCAACGUGCCGUCGCGACAACCAUCGGCUAGCCCUUUUAUGCGCGUCGAAUCGACGGGAUAGUUUUUGCGGACUACAGGUUGACCGAGUGCACCUCGACAACGCGAGUGUAACGCAACUUCCCUGUUGCCUUUUCUUUUUACGUUCACCCUCGUGACAUGCCACUUUGGCCGAGCGCCAAGGAACCCCGGCAACGGAUCGGAGCGAAGAUGUUGGCGGCAGUCCAAGUGCACCCAGUGGUUUCGUGCUGCUACCUGAGCUGUCCUGUUGUUUACACUAUCACCGUUCAACAUUCGAUCGCGUGCCACGACCGGCAGCUAGUGCAUUGAAGGGGUGAACGAUCGUGCCAACAGUGCCCGAUGCGAAUGAGGAGUUUCUUUCGUUACUUACGUGCUCGUUCGCUUGAUCCGGUGGUGCUCGCGACCCUAGUGUUUACGUCUACCAGUACGUGGGGUGCACGAACGGUUUACCUUCCCUCCUUUCCUCUUUGGUUUCUUGUGAAUUGUUCGAUCAAUCGGUCUAUGUGACGUGUCAAAGUAUAAAUAUAUUGCGAUCUCGAUCGAUUUGACACAGUACAUUGUCCGAUCGAAGCGACAAACAGUGUCGGUGUGAUUGAAAUUGUGGAGUGCGGAGGGAAAUCGCAAGAUCAAGAAGCCGCUAGAUGCAAGGAUUUUAAAAAGUAGCUCCGGAAAGCCAGCCCGACGCAAUGCGUCGACGCUGCUGACGCAACGCGCCUGGAUGCGUCUCACUUUAAGCACGUUACCACAGCUUGCCGUUUUAGCGAAGAUUUUGUGCCUCCUGAUGGUGGUGAUGUGCGGGGCGGUACCGGCAAUGGUGCGCUCCGUGAGUUUGUAUUCGACUUGCAGCAGCGGCAAUGUCACUGUAAUAGGUCGUUCAAUCAAGGCCAUGGGACGCGAUGAUCAAAACGCACCCUACCAAAAACUUACAACGCAAUCCGAAGAUUUCAGUAGGAAGUUGUACAUCUAUGCGGAGAAGAGUCAACGAUACAUUUGCUUCAACAAGCGGUGGAAACUUGUCGGCCUGCCAAAAAAGCAAAAGGGUCCCAUGUGUCAGUUCUACGAGGACUACAACGGCUCGUAUCUGACCUACAGAAGCGUGGUAGACAGUUCUCGGUAUCUAGGCUUCAACAAGUUUGGCAAACCGAUGAAGAAUCCUCGGCGACAGGAGUGCUUCAAUUUCAUCAAGUACAAUCCCCAUGCCGACAUCAAUCAUCACAACAACCUGGUGAAUGCUGACAUGGGUGGUAUGGAUCCACAUAUUGAUCCUUAUGUUGUAUCAAGAAAGCCAUCAGCCGUGACGAGGGCCGCGAAGAAGAACUCCCUGUCGCAGGUCGACAGUGCAAGGGAGAUCCUUCAUACGACGCAUCAUCAUCGGCAUUCGAAUCGCUGGAAGAUGCGUCAAGGUGAGAAAGUCACCACGCCUCGAAGACGACACGAUAGUCGUCUGUUAGUCGAGGCCAGCAAGUAUUGAGCCGCGUUUAGGCUCGCCGAUCAAGACUGCCUCCUCCACAUCUGUGAGAACCUGAGAUCAGACUGCCAAAUACGCUGGUGGAACGUACGGUCGAGAUGUCAGGAACCCACUAAGCGGCACCACGUGAAGCACGCGCCUCGAUUGAUCGCAACGAACAAAAGCUGGCUAGCCUUAUGUCUCCUGCUUGUUUGCCUUUUCGAUCAAUGCAAUUCGUUGGAAACAAAAACUAAGAAAAAAAAAAAACAAUUAAUUAUACGGGACGAACUAGCAGGAAGACAGUCUUGCUGGUAUGUUAGAACUUUCGUUUAGAUUCCAUUUUUCACACUUGCCCCCGACUGAUUCCUUCUUCAGGCAAGUAUUGCACGAUAUCAUGAUUUUCACGAUUCGUUCCAUCGCUAAAUUUUUGUCGUACGAUGAAAAUUUUUCUUUUCGUUUCGUUAAGGGAUGAAAUUGAUAUUGGUGUGACAUAGAGAUCGAUCGAUCGUUUAGCGAUGGAAGAUAAAUUACGUUGCGCACGAUCGGCCUAAAUCGUUGCGCAAUCGGAUAGCUAUCGUGCUUCAAGCGCUGUCAUAGAUCGCGAUAGAUGCGCGGAGAGUUACAAAUCGGCGCACCCUCGUGGAAAUAUUUUCCUAAAAUAAACAAGAAGAGAAAAGAAAUCGAAUUUAACGAACGACUAUGAAUUUGAAUUUCGUUUGUAAAGAGAAUAUUUCUGAAUAAAAUAUGAGAAAAAAAGAACGAUGAUAGGUACGCGUCGAAAAGAUGUAACCCUCUUACGCGCUUGCGCAGUAGAGCUCACGCCGCGCCAACACUCUCUCGCUCGCUGUGCUAAUUACGCCGCCUAAUUUAGCGUGCGUGCGUGCAUGCGUGCCUGCGUGUAUGAAUAAUGUGUGCGUGCGUGCGUGCUCGCAACGUACACGCAGUUAUCACCGUCGCGUUAAUGUCGAUGUUCGCGUUGCGAUUGAUACAAGCUGCUCUGUUCACCUGACGAAUUUUUACUCUUAUUUAUACGAAGAGAGUCACGACAUGCAUGUGAAUGUCGAUUGCUCCCACCUCCCCACCCACAAAUAAAAAAACGCACACACACACAUACACACACAUAUGUACACAUACAAAGAGAGAGAAAAAAAAGAAACUUUUUUGGACAAAAUGAAUCGGUAUACAAUUUCAGGAGAACAAGAUGCGAUAGCGUAUAUAUAUUUUUUAGUGAACUUGUUCAGAAACAAACGUUUA